GUGACGUAAGAGCGAGCUGUACGACGUCACAGACGUCUGCUAGUUGGCAGCUGAUGACAGCAGCUGUCAUCCUGCCUGUAGUGUGAAAGUUUCAAAUUCUACAAUUUUACACCUCUUGAUAAGUGCACUUUGUGAUCAUGAGGAAAUCAAGAUUGAGAGAGCUGGCUUAGGAUUACAUAUUGUGUUCUACUUCAUCUAAAUCUGCUUCUGUAAGAUAACCAAGGCUACCAUGUCAUUGAAUGGCAUACUUCGACGGGCUUCAAGCUUCUUAGGGAUUACUGCAUCUGAAUCAUCAAAGCCAGCAUAUGAAGAUGGAGAUAUUGUUUUCUGUAAAAACAAUGUUUGUGUUCAUCCCCCAUCUCGAUAUCGUGGUGAUGGGGAGAAAAUACAUCAUCCUGGAUAUCUAGUUAUCAAGUGCUUGGCAGAUGUUACCUUGGGAACAACUCUUCAUCUUAGCUGGAUACCAAAUGAUCGCCUGCGUCGUAAUCAUGAGCUGAUAUCACAAGCAAAUCAGGAUGCCAGCAGUCGCAGUAAUUCUCCCUAUCCUACAUCUGAAUCAGAAUCCCUGUCUGUUUCGUCACUGGUGUUGCAUGAUGGUACAGCAACCUUCAGGAAGACAUCGGUAGAUGAUGGUGCUACAAUGUCAACAUCAGGUGUUUCAACACUGGAUACAGCAAGUGAGACUAAAGAGGAAAACACAGGGAGUCCAAACUCAGAAGAAGCAGAUGAUGAGAAAAGGAAAUCAGAGGUGUCAGAUGAGGGUCUUGGCUGUGAGAAAAUGAGUGAAGAUAGAACUCCAGAAGAUGAUCAAGUCUUUGAUGAUAAUAUAAAAAUUCCAGAGGAAGAGAGCACUAAGGAUGAAUUUGAUAAUGGAAAUCCAAAUGAAAAUAGAGAAACUCCUAUUAAUAAUGAGGAUCAGGCAGAAAGUAUAGAUGAUGUUCCUGCAGCACUUGAGUCUUUGACUGUUGAAGAUGAAGAAAAAGAAAGUGGUCUGGUACCCGAAUUAGUCAGAGAAAAAUAUACAUCUAUAUCAUCUUCAGAUAGUAGCACUGAUGGUGAUAAGCUUGGAGGUGAUACACUUACUAUUACUGAAACAACAGAAAGUUCAGUACCUGGGGGACAGUUAAAUAGUGAAAUGGAAGACAGCUUGGAAUCUUCUCCAGAACCUCAGAUGUCCUUACCCUCUUCACACUACUACUCAUCAAACCAUUAUUGGUAUGAAAGGAGUGCUGAGUCAAUGGCCUAUUCUGCUAAUUUAGCAUUUCCUGAGUCAUCAAUGUCUUCCUUUUGCCCAACUCCUGUAGAUGGAGGUUCUUCACCCAUCAGAAGGGAACAUAAGUGUGGGAUCUUCAGCAUCGAUGUCAGCCAAAGUAAGUCCUUGAGGCUUUUCUUCAGUGACAGAGAUCGCACCUGUGGUCAGCUUGUAAUAGCUAGUCAAGAAAGUCAGUAUAAGAUCUUCCAUUUCCAUUAUGGAGGGCUAGAUAAAUUGGCAUCAGUUUUUGAAGACUGGAAUUUCUUAGUGAAGCCUAGAGAUUAUGAAGAUGGUAGAGUGGCAGAUUCUGCUCUCAAACUAUUUUUAGUUUGCAAGCCACAUGUGAGUGAAUCUGAGUUGCAUCCAGAAGAAGGCCAACAUGGAUGUGUAGAUGCCGAUUCUUGGAUCACAUACUUCAGUGAGGAAGGCUUGAUAGAGGAUGAUUUGAAGCUGCGCAGAGCAAUUUUCUUUGGUGGUGUUGAACCCCAAUUAAGGGCCAAUGUUUGGCCAUUUUUACUUCAUUAUUAUGACUACAGGACAACUUUUGUGGAAAGACAAGCCAUUAUGGAAGAAAAACAUCAACUCUAUCAGAAAAUCAACUCUAUGAGAGAGAACAUGGUUGGAGAGGAGAAGGACUGGUUUAUGCGGAAUAUCCAGUGUACAGCGGAAAAGGAUGUUGUGAGGACAGAUCGUUCAAAUCCUUGUUUUGCUGGUAAUGAUAAUCCUAACCUUGAAAAGAUGAAGAGAAUACUUCUAAACUUUGCUGUACAUAAUCCAGUUAUGGGGUACACUCAAGGAAUGUCAGAUAUUUUGGCGCCAAUCUUGGCCGAAGUUCGUAAUGAGGCAGAUGUAUUUUGGUGUUUCACUGGCCUAAUGAGCAAAACCAUUUUUGUAACAUCCCCAAAAGAUGAAGACAUGGAGAAGAACUUGAGUUACCUUCGAGAAUUGCUUCGAUUGAUGACACCUCGUUUCUUCAAUCACAUGGCAAAUCAGCAGGAUGGCAUGGAUUUGUUAUUCUGUCAUCGAUGGAUACUUUUGUGUUUUAAAAGGGAAUUUCCUGAAGAUGAAGCCCUGGCAAUGUGGGAAGCAUGCUGGAGUAACUAUCAGACAGAUUAUUUCCAUUUAUUCUUGGUUGUGGCAAUUGUCAGCAUAUAUGGAAAUGAUGUUGUAGAUCAAAAUUUGCGACCUGAUGAGACAUUGUUGUACUUCACGUCUUUGGCAAAUCACAUGGAUGGAGUGUUGGUUUUAAAGAAGGCUCGAGGACUCUUGCAUCAGUACCGUAGUAUGAGCCAUCUACCAUGCACACUAGUAGGACUCUGUGAACUCUGUGGUCCUGGUAUGUGGGAUUCAGGUCAUGUUCCUGUUGUGGCAUGCAUUGGCCAUGAAGGAGAUGCUCCUUGCCCACUCAAUCAACAGUCUUCUUCCAGCACAAAUAACAACCCUAGCACAGCCUCCUGACACACUACACGGAAGGUGCUUCAUCAGCUUGUCUUGUGCAAGUGAGCUAGCAGAAAACAUACUUGGCAGCACUUACGAUGAAAAUGAGAAACCGCAGAAAAGCAAGAAAACAAAUAUAUCUACUGUAUUCAUAUGUUUCAGUGAUUCCAGAAGGGAUGUAAGAAAAAUAACAAGCCUUAACAGUGACCAAAUCAUAGUUACUAUGAUGAAAAAUGAUAAUAAUACAAUCUAUGAUGGUAAUUUCACUGUCUGGGAAUGUCAGUAAAAUAUUUUUUAAUUCUGAAAAUAUUGUUGGAAUUUUAUGUUACAAGUCAUUCAGUGUCUCAUUUUGUCAGUACGUAAGUUUUAUUUUUUUUAAAUAUAUUUUUGGGUGAAAUUGUACAUUUAAAUAAUUUACUGCUUUUAGCUUCCUAUUUCAGCUACAUAAAUUGUGGUAUCUUGGUAUGUAUAGCGUAAAGGUACUACUAUCAUAAUGGCUGUCAACAAGUAGUCUUAAAGCAUUCAGCUUUGGUUUUUUGUACCAAGUAUUAAUUUGGUGCCAACUGACAGAGCUGUAUAUAACUAAAGUAAGUUAACAUACUGCGUAGUGACAGUUCCCUUUCAAAUAUAGUGAAAAUAAGUAUAUACAACAUAGGUUCACAUUAUGUUGGAAUAUUGGUUUUGUACAGGAGAAAAUGAGUAUUUCAAGAAAAUGAAUAUUCAUUGUUUUAUAUUACAAAUAUUAGUUGAUAUUACAAGGAUUAGAGUUGUGAAUUUUCCAGUAUAGUUUGUAAAUUGAAAACUAGUUGAUAGAAUUGAGUUGUGUCCGUGAAUAGCAUAUAUAUUCAAGUGAGAAGUCUAAUUCUUUUUGCUGGUUCAAACGUUUUCUUGCCUUUUGUUGGUGUGCAUGUUUGGAACCUAAAUGAAGUGAAUGAAGACUUGAUUUCUUAUACAGAUAUUGAGUUUGCUCAAAAUAAUAGAGUUGGAUAAGAAUUAAUAUAUUUGUUCUUCUAGAUAUUAAUAUAUCAUUGAUCUUGUAUAAUCAUAUUUAAGUCAGUAUUUUGACACCCAAAUUUGUGUAGCACAAGCCCUAUGUACCAGCAGAAGGAUGAAAGUGAUCAUUACCACACUUUAUAUUAAAUAUUUUAUUGCAAUUAUUCAUCUAAUCCAAGAAGAUUUUGAUAUUGCUGGGUAAUGUAGAUAAACACAUUCCAGCAUUUCUCACUAAAGCUUUCUCUUAGCUUAGCCAUAUCUAUACCAACAAUGUAAGAUACUCUUCUAGUCAUUGUGACAGUCACACUACAUUUAGUAAAAUGAUUGUAUCUUUUGCAUCAGUUAUUAAAUAUUUGAUUUUGUGAAAAAUAAACUUAGCCCAAUUGAAAACUGAAAAUCUUGAGGCAGGUGUAUAAUUUUAAUACAAACUAUUUUGAAUCGAAUCCUCACCCUUCAGCCAAACAUUAAUUUUUUAUGAAGCAUCCAGAGUGUGUGUGUGUGUAUGUGUCUAUACACACACACACACAUAUAUAUAUAUAAUCAUGUGAUAGAUAUAUAUAAUACGUAGUGCUGGUAGCUGUUGCUAAUUUUACAAGUACCAAAUACUUACAUACUAGAAUUUUCAGUAUACUGUAUCUAAAAAUGGCUUAAGGAACAGAUUAUGUACGUAUUUCAGAGAUCUUUCAUAAUAAUAUCAGUUAUUAUUCUUAAUGGGUACCUUCACAUAUAAGGAAAAAAAGGAAAAAAAAACAUCAGAGACUCUGUGAACCAUAAGAUCAAACUGAAUAAUAACCUACUGAAAAUCUGUGCAUGUAUGUUAUACAAAAUUAUUUUCCAUUCUGUGUCCAAUGCUUUACAUCAUUGCUUAAAAUAUUUAUCUAAUGUUCAUAUGAUGCAGUUCAUUGGUUGAAUGUUCAUAUGAUGCAGAGCAUUAUCAACAAUACAUAUUCAAUAUGAAGUACUGUAUAAUGAUGACGUCAUCCACUCUGCUGUUAGAUCUCGUUAAACCAAAUCCUAUGCCCUUAAAUUUUAGGUGUUAUGAUUUUCAAAAUGUAAACCAUCUAACAAACUUGCCAUGAAAAUCAACUCUUCAAACUUAUAAUUCAGAAUUACGUAAAUUAUUUAAAUUUUUAUUAGUAAUUUGUAUUUGUUUGUUAGUACUGAUACUGCUGCUUAUUAAGGGUAUGCUAUUCCAAAUUUUGAGUAUAUAUGAUUACUAAAUUUCAGUAAUACUUGUAUGAUAGUGUUUAUUUGAAUAUUACAAUAAUGUAUUAUAAGUAUAUUUCAUGUUUUCCAAGGUAGAACUUAGAAGAAGACACCAAAGGCAUGAGUGAUUACAGUUCCUGUACCUUUGUUAGUCUAGUCAUGAUAUGUAAUUGUAUUAUUACUCCAUUAACACAGUUACCAGUUGAUAGAUCCAUUACAAUAUAAUCAAAUUUUUAUUCUAAUUUUACGGGAGCUCCGAGAGAAAUUUAACCAUUACAUACCAUAUUUGAUGGCGUAUAAGGCAACCCCCUCACCCCAUGCCAAUUUUAGAAAGGAAUGUUUAGAAAAAAUUUGCUGAAUGCUUAUAUACCCUAUGCAUUUCAUGUUACCAAAAUACUUUAUAUAUCUAACGGAAAGUGGAUAAUGCAUGCAACCAAGACAGCAUGAAAAAUCUUAUUAAAAAGUCUACUGUAAUUUACAUGGUAAAACAAAAGCCGCUUAGGUAUAGCAGAGAACAUUUUGUAAUACUCUCUGUCAUCUCUGCCUUCAGUGGAUAACUCCAACAGUGAUGAUGAAUUUAUAAGUGCUUAAAUUUGCACAUUGAAAACAGAAUUCCAAAUUGAAGAUUACAUAUAAUAAGAUUUUUCAGUUAAGCUAAUUGAAUUUAGAUACAUACAUACAUGGUUGUGUUUUCGUUAUGUAAAGUCGAUGUGUAAGCAUAGUCUGUAUGGUAGCCUGCAUGUGUAAAUACACGUACGUAUUCAUUACGUUGAGUAAACUAUGCACUUAUUGACCCCUCUCUUCUUUCUGGUACAGUAAUAUGAUUAACAUUUAUUUAAUGCAGCACAGUAUUGUACUUAGUACAACAAUGUAGUGACAUGUAUGUAUUGUGUUCAAGUAAACUAUACAUUGACUGUGCAUUUGUACAAAAUAGAAAAUUGACAAUGACAAAAGUAUGUAUUAAAAAAUAGAGAGAAAGAUAAGCAAACACUCUUCACACUACAAUUGAAGUUAGGCAAGCAUAGGAUGAUGUUCGGUUUAAGAUGUUUGGAUUUAUUAGUGAAACAAUGAAAAAUUAUUUUUAUAGAUAAUGAUAAAAUGAAUUUGUAAUAUGUCUAGUAUUAUAUGGAGAUUUCGCUUGCAAGUAAGGCAACCUCUGAUUCCAAUGUGCCGCUUAUGAGAGAUUUUGCUCUUACGUAUGAAGUUUGGCUAGGUAAGUACUGGUGGUCUGUAAGCAUCUAGGUAUAAAUUAGCUUACCACCCGAUGUUGACUUCCAACAUGAAGAUCCCAGUGUGCACUUGGAGCUGUUUUUUUGGAGAAAAAAAAAGGGGGCCUUAUAUGCCAUCAAAUACAGUACUAUUUCUAUGUACGGGACAUAUUACCUUCAUAACAAAAAUUAACAUUUUUGCAUGAUAGGUGUUGUUUAAAAAAUAAUUUAUUUUUAAGAGAUCUGAUUAGUUGACCAAAGAAGCUGAGAUUGCUUAAUGUCAGCAUAUCCUAGAUGGCUUUCAUAUACAGACCUCACUAAUUUUUGGUGUGAUUAUUUUGCAAUAUAUACUGUAUUUGAGGCUGUAAUCUUAGUAGAACUUAUCCAUUCCUUGCAGUAUACAGAAAUUUCUUAAGGAACUAUGGCAGGCCUACAAAUCACAUGCCAUGUCUUGGCAAGAUGCCAGUAUUUAUAAUUUAAUUUGUUGAGUAUGCGUCAGUUUAGUUUUCAUUAAAAUUUUAGCAGACUUCUCUGUGUGGCCUAUAUAAUGUUGUGAACUUCAUUAAAAUGUGUAAGGAGCAAGAGAAGAGCUGCUGUAAUGUGUUGCUAGAUAUUCAUUACCAAAUACAUACAUUUUGUAACGGAUACAAUAAAAAUGUUGCUGCUUUACAAGGAAUAUUGGUGGUUUAAAAAGAAAUUAAUUUAAAAAAGCAGCAGUGUAUAUAGGUUACUUUUUAUCUGGCUUUACAAAUUCUGUAAUCAUAGCUGGUUACACUGAAGUUUGACAUGUCUUAUUUGUAAAUGAGAGUUUAGUUGCCCCUUAUGAUUUUUGCUCAAAACUCAGAACAAUAAUUUUAUUAGUAUGUAUUAUAAAAUAAUUUUUCAACCUUAAAUGCUUACCAAAAUUACACAACACUGAAGAAUGAAAAUUGACUGCUUGAUUUUAAGGAAGCCAGAUUAAAUGAGAAGAAGCCCAAGCUUUCUUGUUAUUCAUGUGGAAUAAAAUUGUCUACUGAUGGCAUUGCUGGAAAUCUGAGUAGUAUCUUAAAAAAAUUUUUCUAUAAGAUUUGUUGUGCAAAUUAUAAUCAGGGGAUAUUAUAUAUAUUGUUAAUUCUUGUACUAUAAUUGGGUUUAUUUUCUAAUUAGUUAAAAAUUAUCAUAAACAGUAAACUUUAAGUGUAUCUGCUUAUGUAACUUAUAUGUAUACACUUUACAGACAAUGCAUAUCUAAAUGUGGGUCCAGAAGAAAAAAAUACUUGACCUUUUUAUAUAGUAUUCUAUUCUACAUAUAUUUAUUUGAAAUGUUUGAUUCACUCUUGAUUUAUGCAGCAGAGUUUCAUUGGAGUGUAAUACGAUACUCUGCAUUGUUUUUUAAUUUAUUUUAUGCAAUAUUGAAUAGUAAAAAAUAAAAAAAAUGCAAAUGUCAUGUUCUAACCCGUAAACAAUGCGACAUUUAGUCUGUAAUUUACAUCAACACAUUUAGUCUCUCUAAUAAAACUGAAUAUUUAGUCAUUUGCCGUAUAGUGAACAAUUCAAAAAUUUUAGUUUACGUCUAUAUACUUAUAUGAUCUAAAUUUACCGGACAUAUUUUCUAAUAUAAUGUUCAAUAUGAUCUAAGUCAUUGCCAUUUAUGUUUUAUGCAAGACUUGCUGUUUAAAUCUUAUAGCAACAAAGCAUUAUGUGCAGAUUUACCAGAGUAUAUCUAAAGUUAGAAUUAUCAAGGAUACCAUACUGGUAAAUAUCCAUUGUAAUUUCUUAUUGGUCACUGAAUAGAAUAUUCAUGGUGAAUCUUGCAUACAGUAAACUUAUCACCUCAACUAAGUACUACAGCUAGGCAUCCAAACUGUGUGUGGGGAAGGAUACAAUUAAAGCAAAAGUCUUCAACAAUAUUUACUUUGGUGAAAGAUACAGCAAUUUAAACCAAAAAAGAAUUAACAGAAUUUUCUUGUUCUAUAUGUAUAAAAAUCCAUACAGCAAUUUCAUUAACUGGUAUCCUAUGUAAUCUGGGUUUACACAGCAAUUUCAUUAACUGGUAUCCUAUGUAAUCUGGGUUUACACUUUGAAGUAAAUUUCAUAAAUGUAAA